GUCCAUCUCCUGUGAUAAAAUCCAGAAACCUAAACCUCCUCAUUGUCUCGAUAGUUCUAAAAGGAAAAGCUUAAUUGAUAAAAUCGAACAAGAAUUUCUCCAGUCCAUUAGCAACAAGGGAUUUCAAAAAUGUCAUCUCCCAAUUCUCAAGUUGAUCAUCGUCCAGCAGCUUUCCGGAUAUAUAGAGACUUCAAAGAGUGUGAAGACGUUUGGGAUGAUGGCAAUCGAACUAUGUAUUGGGGAAAUGAUCAUGAGCCAGAAGCACCACCACCACCGCCUUUCUUAAUUCUCGUUCAAGGACCUCCCAAUGUUGGGAAGUCCCUGCUGAUUAGAUCUCUAGUCAACCAUUUUACCAUGGAAGAAGAUGAUAUCCAAGGCCCCGUAACCAUCAUAACAGCUGACAAAAGAACAAGGCUGCAGUUUGUAGAAUGCCCUGAUGAUAUUAGUGCCAUGAUAGAUGCUGCAAAAUAUGCAGAUCUAGUAUUGUUAAUGGUUGAUGCAAGUUAUGGGUUUGAAGCGGAAACAUUCGAGUUUCUUAACCUUUUACAAGCGCACGGCCUUCCAAAGGUUAUGGGUGUUCUCACACAUCUUGACGAGUUCGAAGAUGAAACAAAACUGAAUGAUACCAAAGAGCGUCUCCAGGAUCUUUUUCGGACUGAAAUAUAUCAAGGAGCAGUAACAUACAAUCUAUCUGGUCUUCAGCAUGACUUGUACAAUAUGGGGGAUGUACAAGAACUGGCAGAAGAGAUAUUGACGCUCCAGUUCCAUCUCUCAUCCCGGCGAGCUGCACAUCCUUAUGUGCUGGUAGACCGUUUUAAAGAUGCUACCCCUCUUAAAAAAGUGCACAAAAAUGCAAAUUGCAAGAGAAACAUAUGUCUGUAUGGUUAUCUUCGUGGUUGUAGUAUUAAGAGCGGAGCUAAGGUACACAUUGCUGGUUUUGGUGAUUUUUAUUUAGCUGGUGUUAGAAGCACAACUGAUCCUUUUCCUUUAUCCCCGGAGAUGGAUAAGGAAAGUGAUCUUGUUGAGCUAACCCACAUGGAGAAUGAGGGUUUCAGAACAGGGACCUACCUAAGGUUGGAGGUUCAUGGCGUUCCAUUUAAGAUGGUUCAAAAUCAUGAUCCCUGUCAUCUGAUUCUCGUUGGAGGUAUCAGUUUUGAAGAGGAAAAUAACGGUUAUAUGCAGGUGAGACUUAAGCGACAUAACUGGCAUAUGAAACUGUUGAAGUCAGGAGAUCCAGUCACCGUGUCAGCUGGUUGGAGACGCUACCAGACACAACCUAUUUAUGCUAGGGAGAUCAACAACGGACAGCAUAAAUAUCUCGAGUUCAACCCCGAAGAUGAGCACUGUCUUGCAAUGUUUCAGGGCCCUGUCGCACCUCCUUGUACCAGAAUUGCUGUUGUGCAGAGAAAAAAGGACGCGUUUCGGAUAGCAGCAAAGGCAGUCGUUCUUGAACCUAAGCACCACUCAAAGAUAAUGAAGGACAGUAAGCGGGAAGGAAAACCUCAAAACAUCUAUAACGAGAGGACUGCUCUUAUCAAGUUUGAACCAGGAGAUAUUGAUGUUGCUGCAUUAAAAGGUGCACCAAUUCAGACUCGAAGUGGAAUUUGGGGGAUGGUUAAUGAGGAGGCAGAAGAAAAGGGGAUUGCUAGAUGCACAUUUGAGGAUACAAUUUGUAUGAGUGAUACUUUUAUCAUGCGUGUGUUGUGUCAAUUUGAGGCUCCUUGCUUCUUCAAACAGUACAACAGUAUUGUUCCUGUUGAUGAUGAAUCACUCAGAAAGAAGCGACGUGGUGUGGAGAUCAUUGAUGGGGAGCCUUCCUCCUAUCCAUAUUCAAAAUUUACGUUGUUCCUUAACAUUAUGUAUAUGUGUGACAAAGAGAAGGAAACUGUGGUGGUCAUAUCCGAGCAGAAACGACUAGAUAUGCUGGAAAAACACGAAGAGGAGGAGUUGAAGAAACCAGUGAUUGGUCUUCCACGGAUAUUGUGUUACGGUUAAUUUCUUGAUGGUCUAAAAAAAUUUAAAAGUAAAUGUCUGUAACCAAUUUAACAAGAUCUUGCAAGUGACAGCAAUAAGGAUAAUUUUCCAUUCAAAUUCGAAUAUUCCUGAGAGUUUGAUGUGCAUCAUAUUUAUGUAUUUGUGGCACGCACCGAAGAUAUUAGACAUAGAAAUUUAGCUAUCAGUUAAUGUUAUUGUGCUUUUUCAUAGAAA